UUAAAUUUAUCGUGUGAGGUUGUAUUUUUUAUUCUUAGUUCAUGUUUGGAUGAUGCUAUGGAAAUAUGGUCUAUGCUUUUCUGUGGUCUAUUUUAGGUUAUAGAAAAAUUUCAUCACGAAGGGAAAAAAGUAAAGUAAAAAAUUUAAAAAGAAUGAGAGGAGUUUGAAGCAGUCUUCUCAGACUACGUGAUAAUUGCAACAGAUAAAUAGCAGAUAGAAACUGAAUCAUGAAGAAAAGCUAUCCCAUCUGUCGGCAUUUUUAAUCAAGUCCUUUAAAAAGUCGUGUCCAACAACAGAGAUUUAUAUGCUUAUUGAUUGAUAAUGGAUUGUGCCCGGAUGCUAUUUGUAAGUAAUUAUCGUUGAUGAAUAUUAUACUUUGCCUGCCGGAAAAGGAAGGAAAGUGGGGAUUGAUAGUCUGUUCGAGUCUUGAAAAUUGAAGAAAGCAACAAUAAGAGAGUCACUGCAGAUUGCUUGAUUGAUGGAGAUUUUGUCAGAUUAAUGUUGGAAAAUUUUGUCAGAAAAGAAUGUUAUGGGUAAUAUAAUACACCCUUCUAUACCAAUAGGGUGAACAGCGUGGACAGAUGACUUAUAUUUUAAACUGCCAUGUUUAAACUUCUUUUACCUUUAUGUGAAAUUGGAGCUGAAUUCUGAGAAGAAAUGCUUGACUAAUUGACACUGGUAAUCUCAGUUAGAAUAUGCCUUGCCGUUAGUUUCUGGUGAUUAUUUUCAAUAUAACUAACUUAUGUAUUGCAUAAAAUUCACAGUAUUUGUCUCCAUCAACCUUCUCAACUUUUAAGUUUUAACAAGCCAUCAGCUUUAUUUUAUACAAUGCACGUGCAUGUAAAAUUGGCAAUAUGUUGGACCUAAUAUUUUCUUUUAUAUCGGUUCUUACUGAAAGCAUCAAUUCAUGAAAAUUACAAAGUUCUUGUUUCAACUUUUUUUUCCCUGAUGAGUGUUCCUUCUUUCUUCAAGUAAUGGCAAAAACAAUAAUGCUUGGCAAUAUGAGUGUCCAGGGAGAAAAACUAGAGUUUCUAGAGUUUUAUUGAUACAAGCUGGAUCAGCUAGAGCAUUGUUUAAAAUGAUGAAUGGAACUGAACAUAUUCUGGGACUACAAAUUUGUAAACCAUAUCAGCAUAUGCUUUUUGAUGGAUUACAAGUAGUUAGCCGAUAUCAGUUGAAAAAAUUGGCGCAGAAGGUUAAGUGAUUGACCAAGUCAGUUUUACUAUUUUUAUGCUUUGGACAGAUUAAUAUAUCUGGUUUAGAUCGCUAGGUGUUAACUAAGUCAGACUUACUAUGUAUUUUGCCGCUUUGGACAGAUUAUCUUUGGUUUAGAUAACAAAGUGUAGCUACGUGGUGGUAAAUGAUGCAUUGCUGCUUUUUCAGGCCAGAUAAACUUUUUAGUGAAUUUCAGAACAGUGAAGAUACUUUUUUGGGUCUAAAAUUUCGUUGAGUUUUUUUUUUUGGUUGAGUGUUAUUUCUUCCUUUCCCACAACAUUGUCCAGACAUGCAGGAUGCAAUGUAAUUUGCUACAGUUCCUCUGUCAGAAUACAAAUAAUGAUUCUGAGCCAGUGAUCUCGGGUGGCUUUCAUGCUGUUGGAUUUUCAUAUGGAAAUCCUGAGAAGGCCAUUGAGACAAAGAACAAUGAUACUGACUCUGGUUUUCAUCCGCACUUCCCAGUGCCUGAGGGCUUGCUUUCAAGCGUGCCUCCAAAUGAGAAGGUGCAUCAGAUUAUUGCAAGAACUGCUAUGUUUGUCAGCAAACAUGGAGGCCAGUCAGAAAUUAUUCUAAGAGUGAAACAAGGGGAUAAUCCAACAUUUGGGUUUUUGAUGCCUGAUCAUCAUCUUCAUGCAUACUUCAGAUUUCUUGUUGAUCAUCAAGAACUUCUGAAACCUGGCGUUGAUGAUGGCAACUCAUCUGGAGACAAGAAUGAUAAUCAGGAGCUUGAUCAAACAGGUGGUGCAUUGUCUUUGCUAGGAUCUGUGUAUGGAUCUGGAGAUGAUGAUGAUGGAGCCACUGAUAAAAUCCCUGAAUUGAAAAGAAAUGAACGUGAGGAAGCCAUCAGUGAUGUAAAAACCUCUUCUUCUCAAGGAACAGAACAGGCGGAAUAUUCACUGAAUGUAAUCAAGAAGGAUGGAAGUACAACCAAGAAUUCCAUAUCUACUUCAAAAGAGAAAGUUCCUGUCAUAAAGAGAAAUCAUUCUAUCAAUACUGUGAAGGCUGCAACUACAACCAAGGCAAAAAAGGUUGAUGCCUUGGGAUCACUGUCCAUUGCAGCAGACAAGUCAUUGACUUCUAUGUCUAGUACAACUAAGAUUGAAAAACCAAUUGUGGAACCUCCGUCUGCCUUGAAGAGAGUUAUUGAGAAGAUAGUAGAGUUCAUCUUAAAGAAUGGCAAGGAGUUUGAAUCUGUUCUUGCUGAACAGGACCGUGCUCAUGGACGGUUCCCAUUUCUUCUGCCAUCAAAUCAAUACCAUCCUUACUAUGUAAAAGUCCUUCAAAAUGCUCAAGAGUCUAAGUCAAUGGGCAAGGGUUUCCUCCUUGAGAAACAUGAUCCAGUAGGUCGCACAGGGGACAAGAGAUCUGCUUCACUCAAAGAAGGUGACAAUGUUUCAGUUGGAUCAGUGGGUUCUGAUUUACCCCAUGACAUUGACCGGAAAGAGAAGUUCAAAAUGGUUAUCGGCAAAUCAAAGAAGGAUGGACAAGAACCAACUUCCAAAGACCCUCAGCCUCAGAUGGGAGUGAGUAUGGACGCCGCAGCCGCUGCAGCUAUUCUUCAGGCUGCUACUAGGGGUAUUAAAUAUCCGUCUUUUGAAAUUCUUACCAAGACCUCAAGUGGUAAUGAUGGUGGUCAUCUGUCUGGCCUUGGAAGUCUGCUUUCAUCCCAACCAGAGAGUUCCGUUCAGAAGUCAAAGCAGAAUGCGGAGGCUAGCGUUUCUGUCCCUGUUGCCAAGGUUAUUGCAGAGACUGCUGCUAUUGCUGCGGCUGGUGAGGCUGACUCCUCUGAAGCAUCUAUGUCGAAAGAGCAGAAGCUUAAGGCGGAGAGGUUGAAACGAGCAAAAAUGUUUGCGGCGAUGAUAAAAGGUGGAGCUGCACCACUGAAAAGCGAACCGGCACGAGGUGUAUCAGCUGAGCCACCUGGAUCUGGGAUAUCUGGUUCAGGUACUGAGAUUGGGAAUCUUGUUGGCAAAGAAAGGGAAGGAAGUUCUGUUCCACAGGAGGUUGAUUAUUCUGACAAAAGUCCCAAGUCUGAGGAGAAACUUUUUCAUGACAGCAUUGAACGGAGAUCCAAACGCAAGUACCGCUCAAGAUCCAGUAGACAUGAAGAAGAGGAAGAGAGAGAAGAUAAAAAGGAUCACAAACGAUCCAGAAAAAAACACCGGUCCCAUCGUUCAUCACACAGCAGCCGGGACCAGAACAGGCACAAGCACAAGAGAAGACACUCAUCCUCUAAGGACAAAGAUGCCAAGAGGACUAAGCAUGAUAGCUCCUCUGAUGAUGAUGAGUCUCAUCACUCAAAAGAUUAUCAUAAAUGUGAUAGUUCCUCUGAUGAAAAGCAUCAUUCCUCUGGGCGAUGGCAUAGAGAAAGUAACUUAUCUGACGAUGAACAUCAACGUUCUCGGCGGCAGCAUAGGGGUUAUAGUUCCUCUGAUGGUGAGCAUCGGCACCGACACAGAGCUGGAAAGCAUAGGAGUAGAUCUCAAGCUGAGAGAGAGAGAGACUUAGAAGAGGGGGAGAUAAAUAUGAAACCUGACCAGUCAAGAGCUAACAGGGAAGCUUCUGUUGAAUUAUCCAAAUCAUAUCGCCAUUCAAGGGAGCCAUCGCAACCAUCUGAAACAACUGAUGUUUCUGAUGAGCUUAGAGCCAAAAUCAGAGCCAUGUUGAUGGCCACCAUGUAAAUGCUAUAGGUUGACAAUUGCGUUAUUAAUGUCAAUUUCACUGUUCCAAUUGGCUCAA